AUGAUUGGCUCCACGUUCUGGUUUUUCUCUCUUUCAGUUUUGGCAGUAACCUGUUUGCUGAUAAAUUCAGCCGGCUCCCAGAAGAUUCAAAGUGUGGCGUGUGAAGGAUCAGAGGCUCAGCUUAAGUGUGGCAAAGAUGAGGUUAUAUCUGUGAGCAGAGCCACAUAUGGACGCCUUGACAGAAACACAUGUUCCUCUGGGAGACCUAACCGGCAGUUAAAGAACAUCAAAUGCUCCAGGAGCUCAGAGAAAGUGGCUGAGAGUAUGACAGAACCUGAAUGCAUCUCCCAGAAAGACUCUGCCUUGGCAUGUGAGGGAAGAGUGGCUAAACUCCGAUGUGGCAAAGGGGAGGUCAUAUCUGUGAGUGGAGCCACAUAUGGACGCCGUGACCAGAAAACCUGCUCCAUUAGGCGACCUGAAGGGCAGUUAAAGAACACCCAGUGCUCCAUGAGCUCAGACAAAGUGGCUAAGAGUUGCAACGGGAGGCGGUGGUGUAACUUUAAAGCAUCCAACUCUGUGUUUGGAGAUCCGUGCGUUGGAACCUACAAGUACCUGGAGGUGGAGUACACAUGUGAAGUGCCUGAAAGAAGACUCCAGAAUACAACCGCUGUGGUAUGUGAGGGAAAAGUGGCUAAACUCCGAUGUGGUAAAGGUGAGGGUAUAUAUGUGAGCAGAGCCACAUAUGGACGCCGUGACCAGAAAACCUGCUCCACUGGGCGACCUGAAGGGCAGUUAAAGAACACCCAGUGCUCCAGCAGCUCAGACAAAGUGGCUAAGAGAUGCAACGGGAGGCGGGCGUGUAAGCUUAAAGCAACCAAUUCUGUAUUUGGAGAUCCCUGUGUUGGAACCUACAAGUACCUGGAGGUGGAUUAUUUAUGUUAUGCUACUGUGACUGGAUAAAGCUCCAACCAUCAUCAGAUUUCCUGUGCUCUGUAUGAAGUGCAUCAUAAUCAGAAAUGUCUACAGAGUGACUAAAUGCAUUUUUUCAACUUCAUCUCUCUUUGUUUACUUCUGUUUUCUUAACUUCUACUUCACACGUAGCUUUAAUUUCAUUCAUUUGUAACUCCAACGUUUUCAUUUUGGUGCCUUAAUAAACCUAAUUUGCAAGUAAAUGUUGUCUCAA